CAGACACACCUUGCUCUCUCCCUACCACUUCCGCCGUGCAAUGAUGAGCAUCACUGCCUAGACAUUCUCUGCUUGGCCGGUGAUGGUAACACACGAUGAGGCAAGCCAGGCCACAGAAGCAAUCUAUGCGCAGUUUCUGACCCGUCCGACCGCCAAACGCAAACUGCUCGCAAAGGCUUAUCGUCCUCCUCAUAACACUUAUCAGGAAUUCUGUGAACACCUGACAGAAGAUGAUUGUGCUAGAGCUCGUUCAGCGGAAGCAGGGUCAAGCAACACAGCUUCGCCGGUGAAAUGCUGCAGACGAAUCCACUUCGAAGUGGUCAGAUAUCCGCAGACGGAGGAUGACUUUGGACACUGCAGCUACUUGUCGACGUGCCACCGCACAGCUACUUGCAAGUACUUACACUUUCGACCGGUCGCGCCCAUCGAAGCUCCGGACUAUCAAUGGAAGUGCUCCUGGCCCGACUGGCGUGCACCAGCCCAGGGAGAUGACCUAGCUAUCUCUGAGAUGGCGGUAAAGCAUCCUCCUCGAGCUCUGCUCUCGCGAGACCUCCCAUCCUGGGUCAUAGGCGGAAACAAAGCUCGUCCCAGUGCAGAAGGAGGCUCGACCUUCCCUCCGCAAUGGAUCAAUGCGGACCUCUCCACUUUCGACCUGACCGUCCUCGGCAAAUUCGAUGUCAUUGUCCAGGAUACGGCGUUUGACAUUCACAUGUCUCUGCCUUAUGGUACCAUGACGGACUCGGCCAUCAGGUCAAUGCCUUUGCAACACCUUCAAGACACUGGGCUGAUCUUCUUUUGGGUCACUGGCAGGGCAAUGGAGCUUGGCAGGGAAUUGUUAUCGCACUGGGGCUAUACGAGGGUAGAUGAGCUCGUCUGGGUGAAGGUAGGGCAGACGCAGAGGCUGAUCAGGACGGGCAGGACCGGACACUGGAUGAAUCACACCAAAGAGCACUGCCUCAUCGGAGCAAAGAAUGCCUCGGGCGUAGGAGGCCCGAUUCCCGAGUGGGCUCAUAGAGGUCUAGACAGCGACGUUCUGGUGUCCGAGGUGAGGGACACAAGUCGCAAACCGGAUGAGCUCUACGCAAUGAUCGAGAGACUUGCUCCCGGGGGUAGGAAGCUCGAACUCUUUGGGCGGAAGCACAAUGCCAGGAGUGGCUGGCUUACCAUCGGCAAUCAGCUCAAGAGUCAUCAGAUUUACGACCCAGAUCUUCAGAGGCGGAUUGACGGGGCAAUCACGGGGGUACAAGGCCCAUGUGUCAGGGAGACAUAGAACAUUCGACUGGAGGGAUUGCUAAAUACAGAU